UCUCUAUCAAAAAAAAAAUCUGGGGUGGACUUGACCUUUAAAAUAAUUGUUGACGAUACAUUUACAAGCGCUAGGGAAGUAAUAAAUCAUAACAGCCCUACACAAGCUGGAAGAACUAAACUCGAUAUCAAUGAAGAUAUCUUUAUGGCUCCAUGGCAUGAAAGAAUCAAUUACCUCUUGGAAUUACACGAGCUGAAGUUUAGAGCCAUUACUUUUAUGAAGAACGGCCUUAAAAAUAGGACAAUAUUGAAAAUGGGAAAAUAUAAAUAAGGCCACGGAGUUUCAAUAUGGGUGUGUAAUGGGCUGGAAAGAUAAACGACUAUUCUUAAGAACACGGAUGAAAAAUGUUAUCAAUAAUCGUAUACCGUCGCCACGAAGUAGAUGAUCAAAGAUCAACUUCGCGCUGUAUUUGCUAAAGCAAGAGCAUAAUAAUAAUUAAACAGGAAGAUGUCUGCUUGAACAGGCGAGGAGAUAAUAGAUAGUCUGUACAGACGGAACCUGAAACGAAGCAGUGAUGAAGACAAGCAUGCUAUCAAUAUUGUGCUUUCUGGUUUCGAAUGCAUUCAAAAGCUGUUAAGAAUGAAGAGUGAAGUCACCGUCACGAAUGUGGAUAUAAUCUGAUAUUUUGAACGCAAGCUUUCAUAGAAUAUGACGUGACUUUGCCGUAACUGAUUACUUCGAUACAACCUUCGUGUUGGUACUUCUAAGACGCACUUCGCUUGUCCUCUUCUAUCCUAGCUACUAUUUUUCAUCGAAAAAUCUUCCUUAUUGCUUGCUGUAUGACAAUUUUUAACAAAUUCGUGGAAAAUGAUGCAGUUGACUUCCAUAUAAAAUGAAUUACACGGAUGAUCCGUCUUACUCUAUGGCGGGUGCAGAGAUUGUGGAAGUCAUUCUUCUAGGAUUAGUCUGCGUCAUAGGUACAAUUGGAAAUCUUCUCGUAGUUGUUGCCGUAAUUACAACCCCAUCCCUUCAAGUCAGGCAGAAUGUCUUCAUUCUUGUUCUCGCAAUUACAGACCUUAUCAAUACGGGAAUCUCAACGCCGUUUUUUAUGAUUUGCCUUGUUCAUGGUGGAUGGCCCUAUAAAGAGGAAGCUUGUAUCUUCAUUGGAUACGUGACGAUACUGUGUCUGACCACGUCAGGCUUGACGGUUAACUGCAUCGCAGUCUGCCGGUACGUUACAGUGGCAUACACCAACCCAGUACGUCGGAAGGUCAUUCAUGGAAGGGUGGUCAUUGCAGCUUCGGCGGCACUGAUUUUCAUCGUUAUAAGUGCAGUGCUGCUACCUGUCUUCGGAUUUGGUAACGUGGGCUUUAACGAAAAGCUUGGACAUUGUUCGUUGAAAUACGAAAAUCAGUUCGAAUGGUAUUACGGCGCCAUGAUGUUCGUGAUAGGCCUUAUCUGCACGGUCACGAUAGUUCCAGUCAGCUACACCCUUAUUUUUUGGAUCGUUCGAAAAAGUAAAAUUUCAAUUGAAAACAUGACACUGGCUAGUAGAAAUGACCCAUGCAACGAUAUAUCCAAGAAGCCGAAGGCUGAUUCCCCGAAGAUCAGCAAUCCACGUAGAAACAUGAGUCGCGACGAGUUAAGACUCUCUAAGAAACUUUUGAUGCUUUAUGGACUAUUUUUGUUCUGUUGGGUACCCUAUACUUCGGUUCUCCUAGCCGACAAGAAUGGGACCGUCCCAAAAGAAGCGCAUCGCGCAACAAACUUUCUCCUUUGGAUGAAUGCUUGUUUAAACCCCUUCCUUUACGCCUGGAUGAUACAAAACUAUCGACAAGCAUACAAAAGAAUCCUAAGCAAACUGUUCUGCCAGAAAAGAUUUUGGUGAGAUAUACUGAU